AAUAAAAUUAAUAGGUACUCUAUACUUACAUAAUAAAAAAAAGUAUUUAAAUAGUGCCAUUUGAAGCUAUUAUAUUGCCAUUAGCGAGUUUCAUCACCUUUCCAAACGACCAACAUAAAAAUAGCAGAUAAAAUGUUUCCGGUGCAAGUAUUGGUUGUAUUAUCAACGAUGAUUAUUCUUAAUCAGUCAGCAACAUUGAAAUACGAGAAUCAAUCAUCUGUCGCAGCUGGUUAUGAUGCUGAUAAAAUGACAUAUGAAAUAUUAAACAACAUGACAUAUAUUUCAAAUGGCAAUUAUUCUGAAACUACAAGUCCAUAUUAUUUUAAUGUAACAGAAUUUCUUGAAAAUGUCGAUUUUUCUGAAAUUAAUGCGACCGAUAUUUUUGAAUCUAUCAACAAUUCAAAUGAAACUGCUUUACCCGUUUUGAAAAGCAACAAAAAGAAUUGGACUGAUUUUUUUCAAAACACUGCAGAAAAGGUUGCGGAAAAGAUUGUGGAAAAAGUUGUGGACAAAAUUGCGGAGAAAGUCGUUGAACAAAUAUCCAAAAUAUAAAAAUAGAAUAUAUAUAACACAUAAAAAUUGUAUAAUACCUAUACAUAAUAUACUUUUGUUAAAUUGUUAUUAAUAUUCCUAUUAAUGGCAAUGUCUGAGUGGGUUGACA